CCGGGUUAUGUCAGUGUUAGCUAGCGCAAUGACAUUGUACCAAGAAGAGAAGAAGUCAGACAGCCGAGUGGCUUACAGUUUGUUAUUUUACAUGCUUUGAAAGCUUUGAUUAGCACUGACAUUUUCCGUCAACAUGUCAUCCACCUCCACAGGUUUUACGGAGGAGCGGCAGCGCAGAAGAGCACAGACGCCAGUGGGCAUGGAGUACAUCCCCACAGAAGAAGAGAAGAGGGUGUUUAGAGAGUGCAACCAGGAGAGCUUUUGGUACAGGUCGGUGCCCUUCUCUGUGGUCAGCAUGGCCAUUACACAAGCCCUAAUUGCCAAAGGGACACUGUCUGCAUCUCCAAGGUUUGGAUCUCUACCCAAAGUCGCCUUUGCUGGCUUCUGUGGCUACCUGGCUGGGAAAAUGUCAUACAUGAAGACAUGCCAGGAGAAGUUCAAGAGGUUGGAGAACUCUCCUCUGGGAGAGGCCCUCAGACAGAGGACAGGAUUGCCUCCACAAUAUUCCAAGGGUCCUCAGUCAGAGAUGAGUGACCCAGACAUCCAGUCAUUUGACACCAUGUUCCGGCCAGCAGAAGCCCCAGUCCAGAAAAGCUACACUUCAGAGUCACCUGUACAAAUGGGGAGAGUAGAUGACUUCAGCGCUCCAGUCCAGUCAUAUGUGGAAGAAGAGGAGCCCACGAGGAAAUCCAUCCUCUACGAGGACCUGAGGCUCAAGAACAGAGAGAACUACGAGGUCACGCUCACUCAGAAGGCUGAGACACUACUCAAAUCAUCACCUGAGAAGGAACCAAAAAGACCUAAGAACGAGGUGAAGAACAUCUAUGGAGACACCUGGGAUGAAUGAGUCCUUAUUUGAAAUUAAGAUGUAAUCUGUAUGCUUGCAUCACUGACACUGCAAUACAGUAAGCAGCUCAGUGGCCAUUUUGCUCCAGUGUGACUUAGCCUAAGGUGUCAUGAAGUUGUUUCUGAAUGUCUUUGCAAGUGAGUCUAUUAAACCAAACUGCAUGAGGA